AUGAAUGGGUUAGAAGACAUCAGCCAUGAAUUCCAGAGCCGUGUAUUUGUUUUGCAAGCAGUUUACCACCUGGGUUUUGAGCUAGAACAUCAAUAUAGUGGUUCGUUCCUGACAGAUUUCUUAGGCGAUGAAGGGGCUCUCAAGUAUCUCAAAGAUAUCAAGUGGUUUAGAAUUAAUGAUCCCAAGGGCUUCAAACUCGAAUUCUUCUUUGAUCCUAACCCAUACUUCAAGAACACUAUUCUAACAAAGACAUAUCACAUCAUUGACGAUGAUGAACCUAUUCUUGAGAAGGCCAUAGGGACGGAGAUUGAAUGGUAUCCUAGAAAGAGCCUGACACAGAAGGUUCUGAAAAAGAAGCCAAAGAAGGGAUCAAAGAAUGCCAAGCCCAUCACAAAAACUGAACAAUGUGAUAGUUUCUUCAACUUCUUCAAUCUACCACAAGUCCCGAAUGAUGAUAAUGAUGAUAUUGAUGAAGAGACAGUUGAGCAACUUCAGAAUCAAAUGGAGCAGGAUUAUGAUGUUGGGUACAUGUUCUUUCCCUUGAAUUAUUCAUAUGUUUCUUGCCUACUUCAUUCAUUGCAAAAGCCUCUUCCUUUCUAAAUAAUGAUGGUGAAU